AGAGAGAGCUGCCAAUUACGAUCAUAGUUCUCGGCUCGUCGGAGUGGGAUAGAUAACUGUUUUAAACGGUGGUUGGACUAUAUAUAAACACUGAACGAAAGAAGUGUCGAUUCGUUUUGAAUAGAAUUCGAUGUGGAUUGGCUCGAUCGCGGACCUGCUCUCUGGCGAGGGCGAGAGAACCAAGGUUCCCGCUAUGGUGGCAGUAGCUGUUAUGCUUCUUUGGGGAAUGAUGGGAAGAUGGCGACGUAUUUGAAGCGAACGUCAAAAUUGUUUGAUAUUUCUUUGUCACGACCGUCAAUGGACAUCAGUCUUCGAGACCUGAUAUGUCCGGUGUGCCGUGGCAUCCUGAUCGAGCCAGUAACGUUACCGUGCACGCACAGUUUAUGCUUAAGAUGUCUAAGAGGUACAUUCGAGCACAAUAGCCUGACCUGUCCACUCUGUCGAGUACGAGUUGGUUCUUGGCUACGUACAGCGACAAAGACUGAAACACUAGUUAACAGUGGUCUCUGGGAGUUAAUCCGAACGAAAUUCCCGAAAGAGGUUCAGGACAAGUACAACGGCGACGAUAAAGACAUCGUAUUGGAUGCUGGAUUCGUUGCCACUAAUAGAAUACUCAGCGAAGUUGGAGAGAUCCGUAAGGAGUAUGAAGUACAACUUCAAAUGGCUCAAGAGGAGAUACAGUGUCAAAGGAAGGCUGAACAGAUAGCUAGCGAGAUGCUGAUCCGCAAGAUUCAGGAGGAGGAACAACGUCAGCAGCUGACUCAAUUGGCUACGGAUCAAUUGUUCGCUAAAACGUUAGCGAAAAAGCAAAUCGCGGAGAAACAGAAGGACAUUGCUAAAUGUUACAAUGAUCGUCCUAGUACAUCCAGUGGUGCUCUGCAAACAUCGAAAUUGAAUGCUGUUACUAUGACUGAAGUGAACCCCUAUAGAUUACAAUUUCAUAGUUCUGAGUGUGAGAAGGAGACUGCUCUAGAAUAUCAGGAUGGUUCAGGGUUAAGGAGACAGAAUAUUGCGCUGAUAUCCAAGAUGCAUGUAGAUAGACAUGCUUCAAGUACAAAGAAUAAGGACUCGUUGAACGAAUGCAACGACGGCAUAGCCAAGUUUUGUUGUCAAAAACAAAUACCUACAUAUAAUACCAUUGCCAGAACGCUGAAGCACCAGGCGGUAACGAAAAUGAUAGAACCCUGCACGUCGGAUUGUACUGCAGAACCGAUGAAAACUUCUUUGAAAAUCUAUGGUACUCGGAGCAAGGAGGAGUUGCAUGUACCGAAUGACGUUGUAAAUAGCAAGAAAAAAAGUUUAGGGGUAGAGGUAUGCAUGACCUUGGGCGAAGACGACGAAAGAACCGGCAGUGCGGAAAGUGCGGGCAGCCACGACAGUAUCAAUCAGGAAAUUCAUCAUUUUAAACCUAUUAAGGCCAUGCCACGAACACCAUUGAAAAUGUCUACAGAUGGACGACACAUAGACCCAAAAUUAAUUAGAGUUGUUCCCGUCUUGAAAAGAAUGUCGAAUGUGAUACCGAAGCCGCCCGCCCAGACACAUUUGAAACGUAUCAUUGGUUGUUCCUGGAGCGCAUUUAGAGGCAAAAGCAAGCAGAACUUCAAAGAGAAAGAGGCAUCCAAGGAGGAUACGGAAACCCCUGAGCAAAAGCCUUCAACGUCCUAUACCCAGUCCCAGAUGAUCCCUAAAAAAGCAUCGAAAGCUCAAGUGCAGGACGCCGCGCACAAGCUCGAUUUCGUCGCGGAGAUGUCGUUCGACUCGAACAAGAAUUACGCGAAGUCUUCGACGAGAAUGGUGAACGGCGCUAGAUUGGGUAAGAAGUUGACGCUGGACGACCAGUUAGACAUGGAAAAAAUCCAGAAGGCGUGGAAGUCGCAUGUGGGGAACGGCAUGGCGUGCAAGUCAAAACGGCAGAGGAACCUAUGGUCGAAGAAGGAACCUAGAAACACGGACAGGAAGUACACGGACGACGUCGAGGCGAGACACUCGACAUCGUCGUCGGCGUCUGUGAAGCUGAACUCGCCAUGUGAUGAGGACUUCGAGGUGCAGGCGGAAGACCACAUUACGAUGGAGAAUAUUGCCGAGCGGAUAAAGAGGAGGAGGACGAAUACGGACAAGAAGGAGAACGGGAUCUCUUUGCUGAGUGUGGAGUCGGAUAACGGGAUCGCGAAGAGGAAUACGCGGAAAAGGUUGUGCAGGAAGGAGGACCUGGAAUACAAGAUGGCCGAGGAUGUACCAGCGAUGGUACAAAAGAGAAGUCGAACUAAGUUUGUUAGGGGCACAUUCUCGAAGACGAAACAACGACGGGCAUGUCGCUCGAAGCAGUCCAGCACUGAGAGCUCGGAAAAGAGCGACGCGUCCGUCGGCUCCAGCUGCAACCUGGCCAACUUUGGUCGCAGGAAAACCGCGAGAAACCCGAUGCAUCCAAUUAGUUCAUCAGCGAACAGCGAGCAGGACACUAUGUUCGAGAACGUAGACGAUGCGAACUAUAAUUCCUCUGAGUCUUGCAGCGAGUUGCAGGAAGUUGUCGCCGAGAACAAUAACACCACCGGGACGGAAAUGGCUGCUGAGAGGAACGUCCUCUCCGACGAGGAAAUCAUUAAGGAACAGGAGCGAAUGGAACGGCUGGUAAUACAGGAGAAAGAGGACUUCGAGUUGGCACAGAGAUUACAGGCGAAAUUCGACGAAAUGGAGAGAAUAGCCGGCAGGACUAGGCGAUCCAGAAGGGCGAUCGAGAACGAGUCGGUCCACUUGGACCUCUACAAGAUUGAUCCACAUACUGCCAAAUCAUCGACCACCUUGAACCUCACCGUGAGCACAGAGGCGAAAAAACGGGGGAGGCCCUCCAAGCGGGUGAAAUAAACAAAGAACAAGAAAGAGGGAGAGGGAGAGAGAGAGAGAGAGAGAGAGAGAGAGAGAGAGAGAGAGAGAGAGAGAGAGAUGAUAUAUCUCCCCGAAAAGUGUCCACAAACACAUUUGUCGUUGCAUCUAAUCUGCGAACCCUCCAAACGGAUGUUCCUAUAAAUUGUAAAAAGAAAAGAAAGAGAGACGAGAGAAUGCAGAGGUUUGGAUUUCCUUCUUGUACAAUACUUUUUAAUUGUAAUCUUUAAUCGAAUUAUUUUUGCGUGGCAUCAAAUACGUACCUGGAUGUGUUAACUGCGACCAUGGAGAAAGGAGACAAAGAAAAGAAAAGGACGCACGGCUGAUUAAUUACCGAACUCUCACUUGAAACGAUUAUUUGUUCUUUUUAUUUUGCUUUUAUUCGUUUUCUUAAUUGUUUUCGAGCGAGACAAUGGGAGACCAUCGCAAUACAUAGGAUAUAAAUUUUCUCGAGAUUAAAAUCAUAGCUUUAACAAAAGAUUACAGUAUUCUACCAUUUCGUCCCCUCGCGGUCUACGCUGGUGUCUUUCGCAGGUGAUUAUGACGUGGACGGCAGCCACCGCGAGACACCCUUGUUUUCUCAUCUCAUAUUCUCUUUGUUUUCUCGGAAGACUAAAGAACAGCGAGAAGCCGUCGAAGUGAUGGAUCUUACGUGCCCACUUAGGGUCAUUUUUGUAGCGGCCUUCGUCAUCGUACUACGAUCAUACGAAUAAAUUUAACGUAUUACCGUCGGGUUGAGGCCUAAACGAGUUCCGUCAUCGAACUAACGAAACCGCGACGUUGUCAUCGAGUUUCAUAGCAAUUCGGAAGAACGUGGCCGAAUAUGAGGGCCCCCCAUUUUUCUUGUGGGAAACCUGUCGUAUGCAAUCAAUUUAAGGACAGUCCUAUAUUUCGAAUGUUACGAGUAAUCUUCAAUAUUAGACAUGAACAAAAACAUAAAUGGCACUAAAAAUGUCUUAGAAUCGAUUAUUGCCAUUUGCAAUAACUAUAAGUCCAACUAUCUAUCUAGAAACAUCUGGGAUAAAUACAUCAUCCGUUCGUGAAGUUGAGAGAAUCUGAAUUUUUCAAUUUAUGGAAAUGCGACCCUUUGAAACGCGAUAAGUCUCGGUGAUUUCGACUUAGAGGCACAAUGUUCGGCUACGCUCCUCCACCGAAUGGAAAUUCUUAAUUAUCGGAAGAGAGGAAUAGAAGGGAACGGAAGCUAAUUAUGACUCAGCCCGGCAAAAUUAGGGAAGCGAGCGAACCUCAACGGUGACCGCGUCAGCAUGCACACGGAAUUAUCGACGUUCGCCGACACACAUGCUUGUUUUCCAUUUAAUCUUAGAAGCGUGUGCGUACUGUUUUCGAUCCUCGGAUCGAACGCCGUAUAGACAGCUAUAUUUUUUUACAGAGAGUCGCCUCGCAUGACGGAUUUAUGACGCUUCCAGUCGUUUUCGUAUAAUGUUAGCGUUAAGUGCGUAAAAGAGACAAGACAAUUAAAUGAUAAAACGGGAGAGGAAGAUUACCGAUGGAUACAGAACAAAAAGAAAAGAAAAUAUGGUAGGAAAGUGUUCGAGGACACCUUAGGGCAGGGUUUACCGGGCGUUUUCUCACGAGAAUCAUCGCAUCGUGUUCACGAUUUCUCGUUGUUCCCCGGUUUCUUGGCGAUGCUUUCCACCGGUUUCGAAGUCAGAACUCUAGUUCGCGACCCUGCAAUCCCAGUGAUCAUGGCUCUAACGUGAAUCGAGGAAUUAAAAAGUCCUGUGUUCGUAGAGCGUAUCAAUUUCGUGCGCGAACUUUGUGCGUUCCGGUGUUUAUUCGAGGUCUCCGCUUCCAAGGAAUUUUUAACACGUGCGUUGUUCUCGGAUCUGCCACCUGCGUGUUUUCAGCUUGUUCGGCACCAUUAUUUGACCGAAAACGAUUUACCGUUCCAACAGAGAAGGAUUUAUCUUGUACCAAACUCCUGCCUAACUCUCGCAGCAACGGAAAAUUGUCCUACAGAGAAAUGUGAAUUGAUCUAAUUCCAAUCUAAUGUGAAUCAAUGUGUGAACGACACAAUUCCCCGUACAAUACGCAAGAGUUAAAAGUCUGAUUUUAAAUAGUAAUAGUAAUUUCAAUCGUGAACCAACAAUUUCUCUGGUACUAUUGUCUAGAAUAGAACUCGGAAUUAUCAGCACGCAAACAUAAGAAUCGCGAGAGCUACGCCUCCUGACUCCCGUCGCGCGUCUCGCUCGCCCGUGAUUGCUUCUUUCGGAUCGGAGUACAUCAGGCGCGUGUCCUGUUGUGUGCGUGUGGGAGGGGGCGGGGGAGGGGGCAUUUAGGCGACCAUGGGUGAGCGAGACGCGCGACGUGAGAGAAGGCGUAGCCUUCGCAAUCCUUUUGCAUGCCGAUAAAGUUCUAUUAACACGUUGAGUUACGUUAAGCAUAACUUCCUUGUAUGAAAAAUUUUAGCGUUACGUGAAUAAUAAUGAUUUACUAGGCUGCGGGUCUUUGUGCAAAAUACAAAUUAUUUGUGUCAAUUACGAGAAGUAAUAGUCAAUUGGGAACUUUCUUUGAACGAUCUUGAUAUGCUGAAACUAAUAUGUUCAAUUUUAAAAAUUCUUUUAGUCUGUGCCUUGGAUUGCUACUUUUUUUUUUUUGUUUUUUCGUCACAAAUGCAUAAAACCCGCACUCCAGUGAUUGCUCCUAACACUGAUUUUUCCAGUGAUUGAAUGUGUUAAUAGACUUCCGAUAGGCAUAUGUUUUAUUUGUCUGCAAUGUUUGUUUACCAGUGUCUUCCAUCGAAUUGAAACACGAAUCUGUUGGUGCACGUGCGAACACACGGCUAAAUCUGUACUAUUGAUUGCGUCGAUAAUGAUUAUUCCAAUCACAGGUGCGUUUAAUCAUCAUCUGUUUCUUGUAUCAAUCUGUUCCAUUUAAAUGAUUCGAAUGUAAUCCUAUUCCAAGCUUAUCUCGCCUUAGCUCAUCAUUUUCGAAGAAGGAAUUUAUAAAGUUGACGAUCCGUUGACUUUUCGCUGUUGCCAAUUCGACACGACGGGACAGUUUAACUCGCCGAAAGGGGGAACAGACGAGGAUUACUUAAAAGAAAACGGAGACCUCGAAACUAAAGUCAAAGCUCGAUCGUCCAAACAGUUUCACGUCUCUGUAUCCCAGUUUCUGCCGAAAUCGAAAAAGCACACCCGAUCGUUCCGAGCAUCGAUCUCGAUUAAAGUUCAUCGCCGAGUAGUUCGUAACACGGAAACCGAUCACGCGCCAUCGCAGCCAUAAACACUAUUUUGUUCGAGCGUGUGGAGUCUACCAAUUGUUAUUUAAAUAUAGACCAUAUGUUUAUAGCCGUGAACGAAUUAAUAGACGUUGACGGGGCCCGCGAGCUCGCCGACGAGCUGCGGAAGGAUUUCCGACUUGGAAGUGUCGUUUCGCGAUCUGGGAUCCCGAUCAUGGAUCGGGAAAACUCCGCGACUCAUCAGCGAAACCCGGUCUCCGCCUCGCCAAUAGCAAUAUAGUCUUUCUUUCUUUCUUUCUUUUUUAUUUUAUACAGAUAGAAUGAUUAUAGAUAACGUAUAAUAAUAGCUGAUCGAAUAGCGUGUACCGUACGUUCGAAGCGAGAGAAACGUAUAUUUGUAAUAUUACGAGAAGCACGAUGAUGUUUCGCGAUUAUAAGGAAUUCCGGAAUCGUUUCGAUCUAUUUGAGCUGAUGAUCGGCCAAGAAAAAUGAGAAACGAAAGAGUUGAAAUGAAUUUUGCAAGUUGUACGAAUGUGUAUAGAGAAAGAUAUUUACGUAUAGAUUGACUAUGUAAAACAGCGACGAUUAACAAUUGUAUUAUCGAGGUGCGACUGGAGGGCGUAAAGUAACAAUACUAGAGUCUAAGCUCGAGAACGAGAGAGAGCGAGGGACGGGGCGGUUGCGAAGAGAUAAACAAAACAGUGGAAUUACGAAAUCGCGUAACAUGAAAUUUAGGAAAGAAGUCAUUUUUUAUAUACGUUGCACACGGUUUGCAAUACGAAGGAAUGUAUCGGGAAAGACGUGGCUCUUUUUCUGGUAUGUUUUAUAUGUGAAAGAAACUAAUAAAUAACUGUAACUAUUC